UCAUGCUACGCCGUAGUUACGCUAAAGGCUGGAAAGAGAAGUAAGUCAGUUGUAAUGGUCUGUUAUAAAAAUGGGCACUCAGUCAAAUUUGCCGCCCCCCCUGCUGUGAUGGGCCAGGGGGCAGAUGCCCUUCCGUCCCCGCCUCUUCUGCCGCUGCCUUCAGGAUACACAGUACAUGAGCUGCCUAUUUGCCAGCCAAAUGACAGGGGACAGAGUUUUAUCUCAGGCUGCUCGGAGAAACAGCGCCACCAUUUGUCAAGAUCAGACCGAUCGGAGAAGAGGAGGAGAAAAUAAGGAAGAGGGGGUGGAGGAGGCAGGUAUUCGGCGCUAGGUUUUCAAGGCUGCGUGUUCAGGAUGAGCGGACGAGUCGGCGAUUUGAGCCCGAAGCAAGCCGAAGCGCUGGCACAGCUUCGAGAGAGACUUCAGGAUGUUCUUGCUCAACUGCCAGCCCAACAUGACCACUUCCUGCUUCGCUGGCUCCGAGCCAGAAACUUCAACGUGCAUAAAGCGGAAGUCAUGCUCCGGAAGCAUUUGGAGUUCCGGAGACAGAUGAAAACCGACACAAUAACUACGGAGUGGCGGCCCCCAGAGGUGAUCGAGAGGUACCUGCCCGGGGGCAUGUGUGGCUAUGACCGCGACGGCAGCCCCAUCUGGUACGACGUCAUUGGCCCCGUGGACCCCAAAGGUCUGCUCCUGUCCGCCUCCAAGCAGGACUUCAUCAAGACCAAGGUGCGGGACUGCGAGCUGCUGCAGGAGGAGUGUGACGCACAAUCGCAGAAGCUCGGGAAGGUAGUGGACUCCAUCACCAUGAUCUACGACUGUGAGGGUCUGGGCAUGAAGCACCUGUGGAAGCCAGCCAUCGAGACUUACGGAGAGGUCCUCACCAUGUUUGAGGAGAACUACCCUGAAGGCCUGAAGAGGCUGUUUGUCAUCAAAGCCCCCAAGAUGUUCCCUGUGGCCUACAACCUCGUCAAGCACUUCCUGAGCGAGGAAACCCGGAGCAAGAUCGUGGUCAUGGGGGCUAACUGGCAGGAAGUGCUGCAGAAGUACAUUGAGCCCGAGCAGCUCCCCGUCGUGUACGGUGGCACCCUCACAGACCCCGAUGGGGACCCGCGUUGCAGGACCAGGGUGAAGUGUGGAGGCCAGGUGCCCAGGACUUACUAUGUGCGGGAGUCUGUCAUGGUGCAGUAUGAGCACAGAGUCUCCAUCCGGCGGGGAUGCUGCUACCAGCUGGAGUACGAGGUCCUGUUUCCAGGCUGUAUGCUGCGGUGGCAGUUUGCGAGUGAUGGGGGAGACAUCGGCUUCGGGGUCUUCAUGAAGACCAAGCUGGGGGUGAGGCAGACAGCGGCAGAGAUGGUGAUGGUGCUGCCAAGUCAGCGGUAUAACGCCCACCUGGUGCCUGAGGACAGCCUACUGACCUGCGCCGAUCCGGGUGUCUAUGUGCUGCAGUUUGACAACACCUACAGCAUGUUCCAUUCCAAGAAGGUCAGCUUCUCUGUGGACGUCUUGUUGUCCAACAGCCAAUUGCGACCUGAGAAAAGCAGAGGUGGGGCUGGAUUGAAGAUGGAACUGUGUGCAGACAACCAAUAGCAGGAAGAGGAUGGAGAUGACUGACGCUGCUGUGAGCCUAUGAGCUGAGCUCGUCUGAGCUCCUGGCAGCCUCCUAGAGCUACACUUUGGCACAGCAAUAGCCCACUUUAAAUGCUGCUCACAACCAGUAGCCUGGUCUUCUGCAGGUGCUGGUGCACUGGUAAACCAGUAUACAGUAGUAAAAGAUACUGCACUGCACUGUAAAAGUAAUUUAACUUGAAAGUUUCAGUAUAAUAAAGAAACUAAGGUACAGCUAUGGGAAAAAAUGAAGAGACCGGAGUAAAGUUUCCAGUUUCACUCAUUUCUCAAUUUAUGGGUGUGUCCCUGUGUAAAAUAUACGUUUUUUUUUUGCAAACUCCAGCCUGGCUCUUCCCUGUUUCUCAUUGAUCCCUUCCUUUAUGGUCCUUCAUUUGUGCUUCUAGGAGCCUGUUAUGAAUUGUCCUAGCUGUGCGCUUCACACCACUUAAUGUUCCCUAUUCCCUUUGAAGGUCACUUGAGGUCAUUCUCUGAUUUAUGUGGCACUGCUGGGUAAGUUGACGGUCAUCUCUGGCAUUAGAAUAUUGCUUCUGCCUUCUAUCUGGCUGGUUUUAAGUCAUCCCCAGUAUCUCCUGCUUCUGCUUGUUCUUGCGUACAGCUGUCUUAGAAACUUUGAGUCUGGAAGCAGCCUUCCUCACAGUGUAGCCUUCUGCCAGCAGAACCAGGAUUAAGCCAAGAUUUAAAAAUGCAGAUUUAAGAAAAAAAUAUAGACUGGUCUCUUCAUAUUUUUCAGAGAUAUAUACUGGGGAAUGUACAAACCGUGUAAGUGUACAGACACGGUCUGUGGCCACUAAUAAGUGACUUGGCCCUUUAAGUGAGCAGCUGGUGUGUCAGUCUGUGCUCUGUGUCAUGGAUGUGCAUUUUGAGGUGGGCUGAUUGAGACUGUUAUCUUAUAUUCAGCUAGGGUGAUUGUGCCCUGCGAUGGAAAAAAAUAUUUAUAUAUUUUUAAGGAUAACUUAAUGAAAUGCAACAAUGAAAUUAUAGACUUUGUAACUGUGGCUGAUGAAGCAGUUUGAGGUGUGAUGCGAGUUAGCUGAGGGCAUGUUUGCUGGUCACAUGCCAAGAUGUCAGUGCCUGGCUACUUACAGUCUCCAAAGACGUGAUAGGAAAACGAGUCUUCACAUAUUUUAAAUAACACCUGUCACAAUAUAGUACAAUUUAGUACAGGUUACACAAUCACUCUGCGUGAGACACUAGUCAGUGUCUCUGCAGUUCAGCGAUCUUGAAUGCUAAGCAGGUUCUGAUGAUAUGAUGAUCUCUGACUGUAGCACCCCCUGGAGGGAGGGCUGUGCAAGUCCAUAUAUGGUUCCUUCGUUGGACCAGCGAGGUUAAUAUAAAAUAUAACACAAAUAAAAGUGUUUGCUGCUGACGUUCCUGGAAAGGAA